GCCCGGAGGCGGUGUGGAGAGCGCGUUGAUGGGUGUGCCUCUGGUUCCAACUCGCUCAAGCUUUUUGUCACCCGGCUUAAAUUCGGUUUUCAAACCGGCUCAGACAGGAUCCUAAGAUCUCUACUCAUCCCCAUAUCCCAUCUCCAGCUGCCAAUCACUGCACACUCGGAACCCAGGACCGGACCGAGUUUGCCUGCCGCUGGGUCGCCCCCGGGACAGGUCAGGGUGCAGGCGAGGGUUUCGCGCGGCCUUGUGGCCUCUUCCUUCCCACCCGUCCUCCCGGCUCCUUCGUCGCUCCAGCCAUGGCACAGAAACCCAAGAUAGACCCCCACGUCGGGCGGCUAGGGUACCUGCAGGCGCUGGUCACUGAGUUCCAGGAGACCGAGAGCCAAGUACCGCUUCCCAUUGCAGACGCCAAGGAGCAAGUCCUCGCCAACCUUGCCAACUUCGCCUAUGACCCGGGCAACUACCAGUAUCUGCGGCAGCUGCAAGUCCUAGACUUAUUCCUCGACUCGCUGUCAGAAGAGAAUGAAACUCUAGUGAAGUUUGCUAUUGGGGGCCUCUGUAACCUGUGCCCGGACAAGGCCAACAAGGAGCACAUCCUGCAGGCCGGAGGCAUCCCGCUCAUCACCAACUGCCUGUCCAGUCCUAACGAGGAGACGGUGCUAUCUGCUGUCACCACGCUCAUGUACUUGAGUUCACCCAGCACCAGCCCCCAUCCUGAGCUCACUUCCUUGCCCGUGGUCCAGUGCAUGCUGCGCUUUUCUCUCUCAGCCAACACAAGGCUCCGGAACCUGGCCCAGAUCUUCUUAGAAGACUUCUGCUCCCCAAGCCAGGUGGCUGAGGCUCGCAGCCAGCAGGCCCAUUCAGCCCUGGGUAUCCCACUGCCAAAGGCUGAGGCCCCACAGCAGCCCUGAUCCAAGGAGACCCCAAGACCCUGCCACUUUCUGUCUGAGAUUAGUCCUGUCCUAGGCAUAGGUGGCACCUUGAGCCCAUCCUGCCCAAGGGAUGCCUGGUCAGCUGUAGCAAGGUGCAGUCUCUGAGCAUGGCGGGUAUUUGUGGCCAGGAAAAGCCGUAGGAAUGAAGAGGCCAGACCUGAGGUGCUCAGAGAAAACCAAAGUUGAUUUGGCUCUCAAGGACUGGCACUCCCAACAACUGCAGACGGUUGCCCUCUGGUGCCCCGUGCCCAGCUAACACCCUCACGUAAAAAGUCUUGCAUAGGGUGUGCUCAGCAGCUGCUGGACCAGGACUUGUGAGAGUGGCCAGCAACAUGAGUGUCCAGAGUAACAUCGAUGGCUAGAGAUCGGUUGGCCUCAUUAGCUGGGAAGGUGCUGUGGGGUAACUCCUAGCACUGAGGCCGGGCAUUUGGGCACGGCAGACAUUGACUUGGACAGCUCUGUAGCCCAGAAACAACUGUCCACACAUCCUGCCCUGUUAGGCACUGUGUGAGAAAUGCAAAGAUGAAGUCUCUGCCCUCAGGUGUCACACCUGAAGGACUAGUGACCGGAUGGCCGUCAGGCAUUAGUUCAAGGCCCUCCAGGAGUUAAGAGCAGAAUAAAGACAGGACCAGGGUUGGAGGUGCAUACCUUGUCCCUUUGGAGAGGAUCCUAGGACACAGACAGAAAGACAGUGACUUCAGCUCCCGUGACCAAGCUGUGGACCCCUCAUGUACCAGCUGCCAACUGUGGCAUCCCUGUCCCUUCAGAAAAGUUGCUCUGGCCCCUUCUGCCUGUGAUCACAUCUUCUGACACUGGAAUGGGAGCCCUGGAUAUGAACCCUUCCUUCAUGGCUAUCCAGAUCUGCCUCCCACCAUUCUCCAGGAACCACCAGCCUCCAGCUUCAGCUGUCAACCCAUUAGGACUCUGACUCAGAUAGAUCUUCAAUAAAGGCACCUAGAAACUAGAUGCUGGAGGAGCACGGUGGCUCAAACCUGUAACCCAGUCACUUGAGAAAUGGGGGGUACUCGUGAGUUUGAGACUAGUGAGUUCCUGGCCGACUUGGGCUAUGGAGUAAAAGCUGUGUUAGAGGAAGGAGAUCUACAAGGGAGUGGAACUGGGACUGUCUGUACAGCCAAUGGAUGAGGGAAGGAAGAGGCCUUUCUAUAAGAACCACAGUUCUCGGGCUGGAGAGAUGGCUCAGUGGUUAAGAGCACUGACUGCUCUUC